AGAUCUUUGACAUAUUUCUUUGUCAUUUCAAAUUUAAAAAUUAAAUUGAUUUCAUUCUGGACUAAAAUAUUAUUUUUUAGUCGUGUUUUUAUUUAAUAAUUAAAUUACUUACACUACAAUUAAUCAAGUAUUUACGAAUGAGAUGAUUUACUUUAUGAAUAAGAAUAAUGCUCUAUCGUAUAUACCGUGGUCGGCUGACAUUUAAACUUUAUGUGAUCAUUGCUUUGAUUAUAAUAAUAACAGCAUGCAGCUAUUUGUUUCCACAAUUUAGAUUUUACCCUAUCGCUCCGGUAACUGAACAUCCAAAUUCUCUGCAUUCUCGUACGACACGUCAUUUGUCUAAAUUGGUGACUGUUGUUUUUCGACAAUUUGAAGAUUUUGAGAAUGAUGUCGCAGAUAGCGUGCAGUCUUUUGUGUCGGCGUACCCAAACAUGCCAGUGGUGGUGGUUUGUGAUAGUACACCGUAUCCGCCUUUCCCGUUCUCUGCUACCAACGAAACAUUGCGGAAUGUCAAGGUAGUAUCUUUAGAGCUCAGGCUGGAAGCAUCACCAUCGGAACUUAAUCCCCUUACGCAUAUACUCACAGAAUACGUUUUGUUUGUUCCUGAUUCUGUUCGAGUAUCGCGCCGAGUAUUGCAGCAAGCUGUAGUCGUUGCUACUGGUUUCCCAUCAUAUCUUGUGGCUAUUGGGAUUGCUAAUUCUCAUUUGAUAUGUCAGCAAGUAAAAUGGAACUAUGUCGAUUGGACCCUUCAGUAUAAUAAGGAUGCUUCUGGAAAGCUAUGUGAUGCUGUUCAUGGCCAGCAUGCUUUGUUGAUGAAGACAUCUUUCUUACAUAGUCUACCACAGCCUUUUGCAUUACCCUUUCCAGAAUCAUUGUAUCUCCAAACUGCAGUAAAAAAUGUUAAGGUACAAAUAUUAGAGGGAAAAUUGGGAGCAGGACGUAGCAUGCUGAAGUCACCGGGUGCCAGGCAGAGAGUAUCUCGUCGCAUGAGAGACUACAGGGUGGCUCUAUAUAAGCAGCUUGGAGUAAAGGCUGUUGUUAGAGAGGAUGGAAGAGUGCAGUGGUUUGGGUGUAAGAGAGAAACUCAGAGGUGUUUUCCGUCUGUCCAAGGGACGCCAUCAUAUAUUCUGUCUGGGCGCAAUACGCCACCGUGUUGUCGCCGCAACAUGCGUCGCUCGGCCGGACACGUACUGCAUGCGUUAUUACAAGCUGGGGCACGGUGCUGGCUAGAAACAACAUCCUUACUUGGUGCAGUUGUCAGCGGUGACUUGUUACCUUGGGCAGAGUAUGUUGAAAUCGGUAUCCAUGCAUCAGAUGUAUCUCGAGUGUCGUGGCUCCAACGCGGCGGUGCUGACGCCGACGGUUUCGUGUGGGAGCGCGCCACGAAAGGCCAUUACUAUAGAGUCGCGUUUUCAGCAACAAACAGAGUGUAUGUAUUGGUGCUGCCAUUUACCGCACGAAAUGGUACCAUGUGGCCAGCCGAUUGGGUACUAGCCCAUCAGAGGGAGUUCCCGGAACGGCAUUUACAUCCCCUAGCUCAGAUUCAAUUUGCUGGACGUCAAGCGCCGGCGCCGAAUGAUGCUCGAGCAUUUCUAGAUCUGAAACUAGGUAAUGGUGCAGUCGAAAGAUGCAAUAGGAUUGGCCCCAAAUUACUUUUUCCCUAAGUUAUUUUAGUUUUAGUAUUAUAAUAUAGGUUUUGAUUUUGACCAAAGAUUCAAGACAAAGUGUUUUUAUUUUUUUGUUUAAAGGGUAAAAUUCUAUUUAUUUUUUUAUUUAUUACAUUUUAAUACAUCUAGAAAGUGUAAAUGGCGGACUUAACACCAUGUGGCGUUAUCUACCAGUCAACAGUAAACAGGAAUAACAGAAAAUUCAAUAAUACAUAUAUAUUUUUUAAUUAUACUUGUAAAAAAAAAAACCAAAGGCGAUAGCAAUGUAAAAGUUUUGACUGCAAUAAAAUUGUAUGUUGUUUGUUGUAUAGAUAGUACAUACAUGUAAAACUUUGUCCUAGGCAGCUAUUACACGAUUUAUAGGACCAUUUAUUUACAUGAAAAUAUUAUUUUAAAAUAUUGAUUACUGGAUUGAUGACUUUUUAUUAGAUUUAAUUAGGUAAUUAUUGCUUUCUGGUAGUAUGCCUUUUUCACGAAUUAUGCCAUAGUGUCAUGAUUUUUAUUGUAUUGUGUUCAUGUCUUUGAAUGCUGUGACGUUUUUUAGAUAAAAUUUGAAAAUACGCCAUUAUUUUAUAUUAGUCAGGCGAGCUAACAGUUUUUUUUUUCCAAUUAGAUAAUGUUUGAAUAUUAAUAAAUUAUAAAAAUUACUUAUAUGUAUUAGCACAGCGCCAUCUAGUCCAAACUAAGCAGAGUUUGUGCUGUAGGUGUAAGUGAUAAUUCUUGAGAAAUACUUUUUUUUUUGUAUAAAUGUAAUAUUAUAUUACCUACAAAAAAAUACAUUUCCAUUUUAAUAAUAAUAGUGUUAAAGAUUAUUGGUGAAAGUAUCACAAGUAGAGUGAAUAUAGUAAGUCUUUUUUCUCUUUUCAUUAAGUUUGUUGAAAAAUAGUCACUAUUAUUUCUAAGUUUAAUAUAGUUUCUAAUAAACUAUGAAAAUAUCGACCAAAUACGUGUCAAACACGCUUUAAUUAGUUCCGUCGUUAUAUUUAAAUAUGUUACCAUAUCUUUUAGUCUAAAUUAAACUUUAAAAAAGACAUUUUAGGUUAAACUUCGAAUCGAAAACCUUUUUAUUAUUUGAUAGAUUAAAGAUUUUUUCUUUUCAUUCAAGUGUUUGAUUGAAUUAUGGAUACAUAAUUGAUGAUUAUGGAGUAUUGCUUAUUUUACCUAUUUCUCAUGGUCAUAAUUCUACACUAUUGUUAUAUGACUAUUACCUUGAAAAACAAUUUAUCUACUAACUUUAUAGCAAUUAAACCCACUGUGUCUUAAUAUAAUUUGAUAUUAAAUUAGACAUAUAUUUAACUAUGUUAUCUCUUUGGAUAUGAUUAUAAUAUACUUAUAAAUAUAGCUUAGACCUAUUAUUAUUAUUGUGAUUUAUAUAUUUCAUAAUUAUGAAUAAUUUAUGUCCUUAUUUGGUUUAUUUAUGUUAUUGACAAUAUAAAUGUGAUAUCGUGAAAUUUACUACUUAUUUGUGGAAAUUGGCAAAUUAAAUUCACUACUCAUAUGAUUUUAUUCUACAGCCAUUUAUAAUCUGUAGAACUAAUUUUAUAUUAACGAUACAAAGCACAAUAAUAAUGUAUUUAAAUAAAAAUGAAUUCUUUAAAAUGUCAUUUCUAUUUUGAAUGUUUUUUUAGGUUUUAUCUGUUACAAAGAAUCUUAGCAGAGAAUACUCUAUAGGAUUGAGUACAAAUAGGUUAAAACCGUAGUAGAAAAUUUAAUUUGUAAUGAAAGCAAUCAAUUCUUACAGCAAUUGAUAGUUUAUAAGGUUUAAAUUGUCAAUAUUAAUGUGGGUCUCCCCAAUUAUAGAAUACAAUUUUCGAGAUCUCAAAAUAGUCUAGUCAUCUCACAAUAAAUGUGACAUUAUGUGUGUAGAUAGUUGUUUUGUUUAUAAGAGUUUAUUGUAGUGUGAGUAAGCAAGUUUUGGACUGAACUUUUCAGUUACUCUAAGUUUUUACCUAAGAUUUUUUUUAGGUAAAUGUAUAAAGUGUGCACUGAUUCAAGACCUUGGUCAAGUAUACCUUAUAUUGUUAAUAUUU